UCCCCACCAACCAGGACCUAGUUAAUAUUCUCCUGAACUAAUAGUACGAUCAGUUUACACACGACUUGAGCAAGGUAUAAAUAAACCAGUACAACGACAGUUUAUAGGAAAGAUAAAGAAAAGAUCAAGGCAAAUAACUUCUACUGUUCUUACAACCUAAGCAUAAUAUCGGCAGAUAUCAGAACAAUGCUUUCAGAAAAUAAUUUAAAAUGUGUUAUAAGAAUAUUUAGUUUAUUGUUCGUUAUUGAGGUUGUAUCAUCAAGAAGACCAAAACUAUGCGAGAGUUCAGAUAUCAAUAUCAGAGGACAUCAAGGAGUGAAAAUUGAACCAUUUAGUGCCAGUCGAGUAGAAAUGAGUGUAGAAGGACCUGGUUUUGGUGCUGCUCGUACGGAUGAAAUGAAAUUUCAGUUUAAAAGUAAUGGUGAAUCUGGUAUAUUGUUUUAUGGAUCUCGAGAUAAAAAUAACAAUGAAAUGAUUGUAUUAAGAUUACGAGGUGGAUAUUUACAUUAUUCUAUGAGGUGUUCUAUUGCUCAUGUUCAUUUGAGAGUACCAACUGACAGAUUGGACGAUGGAAUGUGGCACACGGUGAAGUUUUUCCGAGGAGGGUACAAAGGAUAUAUAGAAGUUGACAAGAAAAUAUAUUUCCAACCAUACCGAGUGAAUUGUGGUGGUUUCAACUAUUUUAUUUUUGGUGGUGUGCGUCCAGAACAUUCUGAUAGAAUAAGUGUCCCAGAGGGUAAAGGUAAUCAUUUUGAUGGUUGUGUAAGAAAUGUUGACUUGACGGUUUCAGUGAAGAGACAUAUUUCAUAUACUAUGUAUCAGAGAGGAAACACUAAUCCCAACCGCCAGAACAACUACCGUCGUCCAUACAACCCUGAUAACCACCAAAGACAGGAGACCAAUCCAGCAGUGAAGAUAUUAUUCCAAAUCUUACAAUGUCUUCACCAUGCUUCCGUCAUUUCAAAGCAGGUCAGUGGUUCUCCCACACGUGGUUUUAUCUCUAAAAUUUCGGAUCUCAAUCGGUUUGUUAAACCAGCUUUAAAAAAUUCUGCUAUUUCCUCGGCUAUCGAGACAGUAAAUAGUGUUUGGGCUAAAAACGUGUCGAUAGCACUUAAGAAUCAUUAUGAUUCACAGCUGGCUGAAAAAAUUUCCUUGAUCAAAGCACGCAAUAUUUCGGAAUCAAAUUUUAAACAAUUCACUUUCGAAGCAAUAAAUUGGGCUAAGAAGUCAUAUCGCCGACUCCAAAAAGAUGCCCUUGAUCAAUUUGAUAAAAUCAUAGACUCUUUUAAAGACGUAGGUGUGGUGGAAGACAUGGAAGCUGAAUCUCAACCAGUUUCUACACCAAACAGACAUCAGUUACCAUUAAUCGCAGAUGUAAGACCUACGCCGAAACGCAAAAGAACUCCGUCACCUUCUGGCCUUAGUACCUCGCAAGAACCACUAUCCAUAAGCAAGAAACCUCACACUCAUAGACGUACUUUACCAUUACCAACUUUUACUGCAACUCCAUCCAUACCAAUGACGACGCCAAGAUCGAACCCUGAAACACCGAAACCUCAACGUACCAAUACUCGCCGCCGCUUAAGUUUAACCACCUCACCCUCAUCUCCAGCCUGUAAACCACGACGUCAUAAUAAUUAG